CCAGCCAGUCUAGCCUGUAUGGGCAGUCUCUACAGCUGCUCGCCCCCUUCGCCCUUCUAUCCGCAGGAGGCGAGACUUUCAAAACUUUUGUGUGACUGAGCUGAAGCCGUGCGGUCCCUCAGGAAAUGCCUGAGUUCGGUGAGUUCUCAAACUGAAACAUUGAUGGUUGCUCUUCCUGGUGAUGUCAGCGGGAUGUUUUGGCUCCGCCUGAGUUGCUGAUCUCUGCCACAGUUCCUGCAUUUUCAGACUCCCACCACACCCGGGCGUCGGCGUCACGUCUAACUCUUUAAAUAUCAAGACAAAUUCCGGGCCAAGGACUUAAAGCAGCAACGCCAGGGAGGAAAGCGAUCUGCUCGACCUUAAAGGGAUUUACAAUUUAUGCUCCUAACUAAAGGAACCCAUUUAUGAAGUGAGGACGCUGCUAAGAAUAAGCGCGACUGAAUUAAAACUGACGUUCUAUGAGGAUUAUUCUCCCGGGGAUCGCGGCGGAGUCAGCAGAGUAAGGCUCGUAGGCACUCGGCAGGGCUGGGAGAGACAGAGAAAGAGAGAGACACACAUACAGACAGGACAGACAGAGAGAGAGAAGGGGGCACGGUUCAGAGGCUCCGAGCAAAUCACCUGUGCUUUCCUUCUUAGCCCUUUUAUCCGAGAAACCUUUAGAAGACAAAAGGAAACCUCUCACGGUGGAACCCAAACACACAAGAAUCGCACCCCGUUGGUUAAUCUUUCAACUGAGAGCGCCGGGAUUUUUUUCUCCCUCUCGCCCGUAUUCUCCAGCACGCACACACAACAGACACACACAAGCCAACACAAUAUUGCAUGAUUCCUUUAAGCGUCUGAGAGACUUUGUUGUGACUCAAGACCGAUCAAAGGUAAUCGAAUGGACCAUACAAGCACCAGGAGCUGCAGCCGAGCCCCAACUUGCGAGGCCCAUCAAAACGAGCCUUCAAUGCGUGUAGUCAUCAAUACGACGACCGGAGCCCAGUAUGAUCUUUCUGUUCCAGUAGACGAGACAGUAGAAGGACUCAAAAGGAGGUUAUCACAGCGUUUGAAGGUUGCCAAGGAGCGUCUAGUCCUCUUGCACAAAGAAACGCGUUUAAAUUCCGGAAAGCUACAGGACCACGGUAUAACAGAAGGAAGCAAGCUAACCCUUGUCCCGACUGUAGAGGCUGGUCUCAUGUCUCAAGCUUCGCGCCCGGAGCAAUCAGUAAUGCAAGCUUUGGAAAGCUUAACGGAAACUCAGGUCAAUGACUUUCUGUCAGGACGGUCACCUUUGACACUUGCCUUGCGGGUUGGAGAUCAUAUGAUGUUUGUUCAGCUCCAGUUGGCAGCUCAGCAGGCUGGCAGCCAGCUCCAGCACAGGCAUGUGAUAGCCAGUCGGGAGAGCAGCAGUGGGGCAGCGGCACCCAGCUUUACGAAUGCUCAAGGACUUCACAGGCAAACUGUGGGAGCCUCAAACUGUAACCACAUAUCGGCCUGCCAGCAAACAAUGGCAAGCCCAGGCCCUGCAGCUGCGGCAACCUGCUUUAGCACAGCACGCCCACCCUCAGUCACUGCUGGAUCGUUCAGGUCACAUGGAGCCACCACAUCAACAAGCAGCCACAACGUUGCUUCUCCAUCAUGCACUGAGGGUGACUGCAGUACGAGAAGCAGUAGUCCAACAGCUCCAAGCAAGUCUCGAAAGCCAGGUGCCAUCAUUGAGAGCUUUGUCAACCAUGCCCCUGGGGUUUUCUCAGGAACCUUCUCAGGUAAUUCAAAAUAUAUCUGUUUUUUCCAAAUUCUUUUAAUGAGAAAGAUAGGUACAAGUUGGUAGAGGAGUGGGGGAUGG